UUGUUGGUAGUCUGUGAAAUUGAAAAAACUUUGGUGAAAGUUUCAUAGUCAACCUACAGGCCCCAAGUGUCCUCCUUUCCCAAUAAUGUACCAACGGGUUCACCCUUAUUCUCAUCUCGCACUUUCCCGGAAACCUUAUACCAAAGCCUCUCCCAUCCCUACCCCUAUCAUACUCCUCGCACUCCUUCCCAGAAUGAUGUCCCCCUGAUACUCCAAUUUAUCCGUCUUCUUGUCUCAUGAUUUUCUUUUGGUUUCGCAUUGUUUCCUUCCAGUCUUGGUCGUCUUCUUGUUGCCUUUUCUUAUGGCCUCGUCUUGCUUCGGUUCGUCCUUAUCAUUUGCCUCGUCUGCCUUUGCUUGUGGCCUCGGUUCGGAUUUUUGCUCGGCUUCGAUUUUAUCUCUUCGCUUGUUUCUUGUCUAAUCUUUCCCGCGCUCGGGCCUCCACUUCUGAUUCUUCUUUGGGAGGGUUCAAAAUAAUGGACUUGUCUUAAUUCUUAAUUUCGUCUUCGUUCGCGUCUUGUGGUUCAUCGUAUUUGCUAUAGUUAGUUCUAUUAUAAGUCCUUCCGACUUCGUCUCUCGUCUCUAAAUGGAGACCUCGAUGUCCUCGGCUCGGGUUUUAAUGGGGUCGUGGUUGCGGCAUUCCCAUAACUUCUUAUAUCUCGAUAUCUUCUGUAAGGGGGGAAUUGAUGCCUCUGCAAUGUAAAUACGAAUGGCACAUAAAAGGAGGCUCUGGGGAUAGAGGCUAUAGAGGAGUUAGUAUUGGGUCACUUAAUGGGAGGGGGUUUACCUGAAGAGCGGUCUGUUCGCCGGAAGUGAGUGUCGUUCAGGGGUAAGCUCCUAUUCCCCCAAACAACAUCUUCGAACGACCAAAACCGCCCUCAACCAUACUCCUCCACAACUCUCCCCUUCCACCCCUCCUACCACCACCUCC